AUGGUUUCGCUGUAUAAUAACAACCUGAAUGGGAUUUUGGCGGAUGAGAUGGGUCUGGGUAAAACAAUUCAGACCGUUGCCCUUAUAACUUACCUUAUGGAAGUUAAGAAGUUGAAUGGUCCUUAUCUUAUAAUUGUUCCACUCUCGUAA